AUGAAACGAAAGAAUUUAACAGAUUCAUCACUGAAGAAGGCUCCUCCCAGUAAAAAGAGCAAAGAGACAACAAGCCUUAAAUCAUACAACCAACAACAAUCCAAUCAACACGAUAGGGUGAAACUAAUUCUCUCCGAUUUAUUCGAAUCAACUAAUGAAAAUCAGCAAAGGCUUCGGGAUAAGUUUGUACUACAAUCGAAGGGAAAAGUUAAAUGGCUAGAGAAUAGGAAUGUGAUCAAUCCCCACAUUCCAAUUGAGUUUUCAAAGGAUAAGGAAUACAUUUGUAAUUAUCUGGCCAAACGCAAAAACCGCCACAGAUUAUUAGAAACUGAAUUGAAAUCUAUUCAUGAGGAUUUAUUUCAAGAUUUGGAUGUUCUGUAUUCUAUUAUGAAAUAUCAGGAUAACUCAACUAUAAACUGUUUGAUAGAUUAUAUCGAUGAACAGAAGGCGAGAGCAUUAGUUGGUAAAUUUGGUGUUUCUGCAUUGUUGAGACAUCCAAUAUUAAUCAAUAUUUAUCCCUAUUUGCUGGUGAAAUGUAUUAGAGAAUUGCAGGAUACUGAAACAAUAUUAAGAAUAAUUGGAGAACUGCACAUUCCAUCCUUAUUUUACUUAGGUUUUUUCACUGAUGAUAAGGAGAUAAUGUUAAAAUCCAUAUGUGAUCAUAAUCUCACAAUUAAUAUACUAUCAACAGACUUGUUGGAUGAUGAAGACUUUUUGUAUGAGCUGGCUCUGAAAAUGAAUCAAAAAAAUGGUUAUUUUGAGUCUAAAUAUCUAUCUUCCAGACUCUUAGAAGAUGAGUCAUUCAUGUUGAAAUUGGUGAAACUAAAGGGAGAUCACUUGAGAGAUUGUCCAUUGAUAGAUGAUUCUGCAUUUAUGUUGAGAGCUAUCAUGGAGAAUUUUGCAGCAAUUUACCAUGUACCAGAAGAUAUGAAAAAUGACCUCGCAUUCCUUAAACAAGUGGCUGGACAAUGUGCUAAAUCUCUACUGCUUAUUGAAAUAGAUAUUGCUGUAUUGACAUCACUUCAAAAAGAAGUACUAAGAAAUGUUAAAAAAGAAAGAUCGGACAAGAAAAGAAUUAUAGACCUCUUCAUAUUUAAUCCGACUUUCUUAAAACAUGCAUCUGAAGAAUUAUUGCAAGACAGUAGUUUCAUGACAAAAUAUUGGGAAGAUUUCUGUAACCUUCACGCACGUUUUUACAAAUCACUUCCACUGAUAGAUUUGUCUUGGCUUCAAGAUUUCAACUUUAUGAACCAAAGGAAAAAGGACGAAGAAUACAUGAUCUCACUAAUUACAAUUAACCAUCACGCAUUUCAUUUUGCUGCUGAUAAUCUUCGCUGUGACAAAUCAUUUGUGCUUAAAUCCCUCCAAGCAAAGAAGAAAACCUCUAAAUUCAUUCCAAAAGAAUUAUUCGAAGACAGAGAAUUUGCUUUGAAUUGUUUGAACAUAACUGGUAGAGUUUUCAAGCACUUUCCUGAUAGAUUCAAAGAUGAAGAAUGUUUUGUCUGCUUAGCAGUAAAGCAACACUUUAGUAAUAUGCGUUUUGCAUCAGAUAGAUUGAAGGAUGACAGUGUUUUCCUUCUUAGAUUACACAAAGAACGUAUAGAAUUUGAGUUAACAAGAAAUGCCAUUUCACAUCGUUUACAAAAUGAUGAGAACUUUCUUUUAGAUCUACUCGAAAUUCAUAUUACCGAACAAAUGGUUUUUUUCUGUUCAGAAGGAGUAUUAAAAAACAAAGAGUUUGUUCUUAAGGCAAUGAAACGUAGUAGAGAUGAGGAUUUGUUUAUGAAUUUUAGUGGUAGUAAGGAGAUUGCCAGAGAAGCUGCAACAUUAGGAUGUGAUUUAGCUAAUUUUGAUGAUAAAAUUUAUAACGAUAAGGGAUUAAGGCGUUUAGUAGCCAAACAUUCAGGAAUUCAAACAGAAUUUUCACAAGAAUUAUUUGAUUUACGUAUGGAAUUUGCUUAUCAUGAUUGCAAAGUUUAA